CAGGCACUCCGCCCCCGGCCGGAGCGAGCCUCUCUUUCCUGGAGAUGCACAGGCAGAGUUCAGGGUCCCUGCCCAGCCAUCCAGGGCAGCAGGGACGAACCAAGCAUGGAUUCUAAGGACCAGAGCUUUGCUCUCCUGACAUCCGACACCAGCUGCCCCGGGCCUCCGGGACCAGGAAGGGAGCGGCCUGAGGGUCACGGCCCUAGGAGGAGCAGCCGGGUGCCGGGUGGGAGGAGGAGAAAGGACUGGUCCUGCUCGCUCCUGGCAGCCUCGCUCGCGGGCGCCUUCGGCUCCUCCUUCCUGUACGGGUACAACCUUUCCGUGGUGAACGCGCCCACCCCGUACAUCAAGGCCUUUUACAAUGAAUCAUGGGAAAGAAGGCAUGGACAUCCAAUAGACCCGGAUACUCUGACCCUGCUCUGGUCUGUGACUGUGUCCAUAUUUGCCAUCGGUGGACUGGUGGGGACACUAAUGGUGAAGAUGUUUGGAAGGAUUCUUGGGAGGAAGAACACGCUGCUGGUCAACAAUGGCUUUGCAAUUUCUGCUGCGUUGCUGAUGGCCUGUUCUCUCCGGGCAGGCAUCUUUGAGAUGCUCAUCGUGGGACGCUUCAUCAUGGGCGUGGAUGGAGGUAUCGCCCUCAGCGUGCUCCCCAUGUACCUCAACGAGAUCUCGCCCAAGGAGAUCCGCGGCUCCCUGGGGCAGGUGACCGCCAUCUUCAUCUGCGUGGGCGUGUUCAUGGGGCAGGUGCUGGGCCUGCCUGAGCUGCUGGGAAAGGAGAGCACCUGGCCGUACCUGUUUGGGGUGAUCGUGGUCCCCGCCUUUGUCCAGCUGCUGAGCCUGCCCUUUCUCCCCGAGAGCCCGCACUACCUGCUCUUUGAGAAGCACAAUGAGGCAGGAGCUGUGAAAGCCUUCCAGAAGUUCCUGGGCAAAACAGAUGUCUCCCGAGUGAUGGAGGAGGUCCUGGCUGAGAGCCGCGUGCAGAGGAACAUCCGCCUAGUGUCCGUCCUGGAGCUGCUGAGGGCUCCCUUUGUGCGCUACCAGGUCAUCACCGUGGUCAUCACCAUGGCCUGCUACCAGCUCUGCGGUCUCAAUGCGAUUUGGUUCUACACCAACAGCAUCUUCGGAGAAGCUGGGAUCCCGCCGGGAAACAUCCCCUACAUCACCCUGAGCACCGGCGGCGUCGAGACACUGGCUGCCGUCUUCUCUGGCCUGGUCAUUGAGCGCCUGGGACGGAGACCCCUCCUCAUUGGUGGUUUCGGGCUGAUGACCCUCUUCUUUGGGAUCCUCACCAUCACACUGACCCUGCAGGACCACGCCCCCUGGGUCCCCUACCUCAGCAUCGUGUGCGUCCUGGCCAUCAUUGCCUCCUUCUGCAGCGGCCCAGGCGGCAUCCCCUUCAUCCUAACUGGUGAGCUACUCCAGCAAUCGCAGCGGCCCGCUGCCUUCAUCAUCGCAGGCACGAUCAACUGGCUCUCCAAUUUCGUCGUGGGGCUCCUCUUCCCAUUCAUCCAGAAAAGUCUGGACACCUACUGUUUCCUCGUCUUUGCUGCAGUAUGUUUUGCAGGUGCUGUCUACCUUUAUUUUGUCCUGCCUGAGACCAAAAACAGAACCCACGCAGAAAUCAGCCAGGCAUUUGCCAAGAGGAACAAGGCAUACCCCCCAGAGGAGAAGGCUGACUCAGCCGUUGCUGAUGACGAGACAGGGAACAGAAAGCCGAAGCCAGAUUCCUCCUCCACGUUGGACAACUAUGUCAAAAACAGGGUUGUCUAAAGGGAUAGUCACGCCGUUUCAGAGCAUCAAAGGCUUCCCCACAUUUGCAAGGUGCAAACUGACCUAAACCGUGCAAGUCCUGAAUUGUUAAGUAUUUCAUAACCAGCUGGUGCUCACCUAACUUCAUGACCAGCUAUUCUUCCGUUACUCUUCCACACUUGUUGGGAAGCUGGAAAGAAUCACCCUGUUUCAGUGACCGAAUGUUCUUCUGUGGAGAUCGAUGGCCCGCCUUCUUUGUGACUUAAUCAACGGCUUCAAAGUGUAAUUGGAUGAAUGCUAGUGGAAUCCUUUCUGAAAGCAAACAAUCUGGUCUGACAACGGGCUCAGUGGGCUGGAAAUCACGGGCUGAGGUUCCAGUCCCAGCUUUCCUGUCAGUAGCCUUUAACCUCUACCUGGAUCCGGGAGCCUCAGUGACCCUGGUCUUUGACCCUGGACAAGGGACCUCAGAAUUCAGUGAGCAGAGACUCUGUGCCUCCUAAUAAAAGGCUCUGCCAAUCUUUGGCUCUGCCUUGUGGAUCCUGGGCUGAAGAGAACCAUUCCCAACCACCAUCCUGCUGGUUCUGCGUUUUCCAGGCUGUGUCCAAAGGGCUCAAGGCUGCCAGGCUGAGGCUGUCUUUGGCUCAGAUUGUGACAGAGGACAUAAAGAAGAUCAAUGUGUAUAAGAUCUAGCAAAGCAGCUAUAAGAAAGAGCUUUUUAGUAGCUUGGGAAGAGACUACGAGUUGAAUUCCAUUCAACUGAAACACAAUGUUGAGAAUGAUGCCGAGAAUAAGCCUAAGCUUGAUGGCACUGUGAUCGAUUGAUGAUGUCUGUCUCUGAUGAAGGAGUGAGUGUGUCUGCCCAGGCACUCACAUUUGCAGGUCCUGCAGAGGUUUAUCUGAAGAUGUAAUAGGCAGCCUUGGAAGAUGGUGAGCUCACCAUCACUCAGAGUGCUCGAGCGAGGCUGAAUGGUGACUUGUCUAAGUGCCAGUUGUAGAGGAAGAUGUUGGAGGGCCUGCACCCAAGGAAACUUCCAACCCUUCCAUGCUAGGGUUGUUAUGUGGAGGAUGCUAUAGUCAUGCAUAGCUUGUGGCUCAGUGGCUCCCCUACACUUCCUCCAAAUCUAUGCCACUGCAUAUGACAGCUUUCUUAUAAAUGGUAGUACACUUGAGUCAGCACCACUGUGCUUAAAUUGGUAUAUACAUAAGAGGUGGAGCCAGAGAGGAAAGGCUCUAUUCCUAGCAAUACCUCAGAAACUUCUGUUUCCACUGAUCAUUCUUGACCAAAGUGGCCUUGGGCAAACCUGAGCUCUGAUUUUCCUUCCCUGUUGAACACUUCCACCUGGGCCUCUCCUUUCGCUGAUUGUCAACUGAACACAGUAUGGCAUCCAGCUGUAGUUGGCUGGAGAAUUUGAACAGUGUUUGUCAAUAUGAAGAGAAAGCAAUACAUGAGCCCAAAACAUGUCUGAGACCAAAAGAAAAACCAAAUAAACUAUAAGCUAGAAAUCUUAA